ACUAGAAACAUUUCGCUGCAUAAAAUAUACAUAUAAAGUAUACUCUCCCGAGCUUACAGACAAGAGAAAGAGGGAGAGUGGAAGGAUUUCUAGUGAGAGAGAGAUGGAGAAGUUUGCAGAGCUGAGAGACGCGGUUGACAAUGUGGAGCUAGUGGACGGCCACGCGCACAAUAUCGCCGCCAUAGACUCCACCGUCCCUUUCCUCAACUGCUUCUCUGAAGCCACUGGCGAUGCCUUAUCCUACGCACCCCACACCCUCAUCUUCAAGAGAGGUCUGAGGGAUAUCGCAGAACUGUAUAAGUGUGAGCUAUCCUUACAUAGUGUUCAAGAAUAUCGUAAGUGCUCUGGAUUGCAAUCGAUUACCUCAACAUGCUUCAAAGCUGCAAAAAUCUCUGCCAUACUCAUUGAUGAUGGGAUUGAGCUGGACAAAAGGCAUGACAUCGAGUGGCACCAGACAUAUGCACCAUUUAUUGGUAGAAUAUUGAGAAUUGAGCGGCUGGCUGAGAAAAUUCUUGAUGAAGGACAACCAGAUAGAUCUCCAUGGACGUUGGACACGUUCAUUGAAACCUUUGUAGGAAAGUUGAAAUCAGAUGCUGAUAAACUUGUUGGCUUGAAAAGCAUAGCUGCAUAUCGCAGUGGCCUUGAAAUUAAUACAAAUGUCACGAGGAAGGAGGCUGAGGAGAGUCUUUUUGAAGUUUUACAUGCUGGGAAGCCUAUCCGCAUCACAAGCAAAAACUUCAUUGACUAUAUCUUCACUCGUAGUUUGGAGGUUGCCCUAUGUUUUGACUUACCAAUGCAGAUCCACACAGGUUUUGGAGACAAAGAUUUGGAUUUGAGGCUGUCCAAUCCCCUUCAUUUACGCAACCUUCUUGAGGACAAAAGAUUCUCGAAGUGUCGUAUAGUGCUUUUACAUGCAUCCUACCCGUUCUCGAAAGAAGCAUCAUAUCUAGCCUCCGUCUAUCCGCAGGUCUACCUUGAUUUUGGUUUAGCAGUUCCUAGGCUUAGCUUCCAUGGGAUGAUAUCUUCAGUCAAAGAACUUUUAGAGCAAGCUCCAAUAAAGAAGGUGAUGUUCAGCACUGAUGGUUGCGCCUUUCCUGAAACUUACUACUUAGGUGCAAAGAAAGCACGUGAAGUUGUCUUCUCUGUUCUGAAAGAUGCAUGCAUGGAUGGUGAUCUCUCAAUUCCUGAAGCUGUUGAAGCAGUUAAAGACAUCUUCUCGGAAAAUGCAAAACAAUUUUACAAGAUUAAUAUGGCUGUCAAAUCUUUUGAUUCAAAAAUUGCUGUAUCUCCCAACUCUGUGAAGAUAGAGACCAAUGCUCCACAACAAGAUGUCAUGCUUGUUCGCAUUAUUUGGGUUGACGCUUCUGGACAGCACAGGUGCCGUGUUGUUCCAGAAAAGCGCUUUCAUGAUGUGGUUAAGAAGAAUGGUGUAGGUCUAACUGUUGCAUGUAUGGGAAUGAGUUCAGCUGUUGAUGGUCCUGCUGAUGAGACUAAUCUCACUGGAGUGGGUGAAAUCAGACUGAUGCCUGAUCUAUCAACCAAGUGGAGAGUCCCAUGGGCAAGACAAGAUGAAAUGGUUUUGUCUGACAUGCAUCUUAAACCCGGUGAAGCAUGGGAGUAUUGCCCAAGAGAGGCAUUACGUAGAGUUUCAAAAGUUCUGAGAGAUGAAUUUAACUUGGUAAUGAAUGCAGGUUUUGAAAAUGAGUUUUAUUUUUUAAAGAGUGUACUAAGGGAGGGGAAAGAAGAAUGGAUGCCAUUUGACAAAAACCCCUACUGCUCUACAGCUGCAUUUGAUGCUGCUUCCCCUAUACUCCGUGAAAUUAUAGCUGCUCUCCAAUCCUUGAAUAUUCAAAUAGAACAGGUACAUGCAGAAGCAGGGAAAGGUCAGUUUGAAAUGGCACUGGGGCACACAGCUUGUGCUAAUGCUGCUGACAACUUAAUCUUUACUCGUGAAGUUAUUAGGGCAGUUGCAAGGAAACAUGGGUUGCUGGCAACUUUUGUUCCAAAGUACGCAUUAGAUGACAUUGGUUCUGGAUCUCAUGUGCAUAUCAGUUUGUGGGAGAAUGGUGAAAAUGUAUUCAUGGUAUCUGAUGGAUCCUCUCGACAUGGAAUGUCUAAGGUCGGGGAAGAGUUCAUGGCAGGGGUUUUAUAUCAUCUUCCAUCAAUUUUGGCUUUUACAGCUCCACUUCCAAAUAGUUAUGACCGCAUACAACCCAAUAUGUGGAGUGGAGCAUACCAAUGCUGGGGAAAGGAAAACAGAGAAGCUCCAUUAAGAACUGCGUGCCCACCUGGAGCUCCAGAUGGUGUUGUCAGCAACUUUGAGAUUAAAUCCUUUGAUGGGUGUGCAAAUCCGUACUUGGGCCUGGCUUCUAUAAUUGCUGCUGGAAUUGAUGGCCUUCGCAGACAUCUUAGUCUUCCUGAACCCAUUGAUACAAACCCUUAUAGUCUGGAUGCAGAACUUCAAAGAUUGCCAUUGUCUCUUUCGGAAUCUGUAGAAGCUCUUCAGAAAGACACAAUCAUGAAAGAAUUGUUUAGUGAAAAGCUUUUGGUCGCUAUAAAAGGAAUUCGCAAGGCAGAAAUUAAACACUACUCGGAAAAUAAAGAUGCAUACAAGGAACUUAUACACCUCUAUUAAGGUGGCUGUAUUUCUUCCAUAUUUGUGAGAAGGAAGAUUUCAAUGAUCCUUUACACUGUAUAAACUAUAUUCCCUUGCUACUAUACCUUAUUUUGAUGGUGCUUCAUAUUGGAAAAUCGUCCUGUUGCGACAUAUAGCGACGUUCUUGGAGAUAACCCUUUUUUUAUUAUUAUGUUUUUAUAAGCUAUAUUGGAUGUACAAUUUUGUAUGCUUUUAACAGCAAAAAUAAUAUGCCAGCAGGUCAUAAUGGCUCCAUGCUUUAUUCAUUUUA